GUGCACGUGGGUAGCUCAGUGCCUCAUCAUGAUCGUUCGGCAGGGCUGCUCUGACACGGCGUCGGGUCCUCCGUAGUACGCCCGCAGCGUGGAGAGCUCUUAGCGGAGCGGCGUGGAUGCGCCUCUGUGGCUCUGAGUGCGCAUCAGCUCCUCUCUUGUCCCCCUUCCAAUGCCAGCGUCUUCGGAACAGGAAAGAUGAGGGGAACUAAGGAGUUGACUGAAGGAGCCCAACAAUUUGGACUGUGUUUUGGAAGUGUGAGGGCUUAAGAAAGAUGUAAGAAUCCGCAGGCGAGCCUCCCGGAUCCCCAGCCCAAAAUGCAGAAAGGGGUGAGACUCAAUGAUGGCCACAUCACCUAUCUGGCCAUUUUGGCAAAGAAAGACGGGACCAGGCGAGGCUUCUUGAGUAAGAAAAGCUCAGACAACACAAAAUGGCAUUCGAAGUGGUUCGCCUUAUUGCAGAAUAUGAUGUUUUAUUUCGAGAGCGAGUCCAGCUCACGCCCCUCAGGACUGUACUUGUUAGAGGGAUGCGUCUGUGACCGGGCUCCGUCUCCCAAACCGUCUCUGUCAGCGAAGGAAUGCCUGGAGAAGCAGUAUUACUUUACUGUGACAUUCAGUCAUGAGAACCAGAAGCCUUUGGAGCUACGUACAGAAGACGUCAAGGACUGCGACGAGUGGGUGGCUGCCAUCACACAGGCCAGUUACAGAAACCUGGCUACAGAGCAUGAGACCCUCAUGCAGAAAUAUCUUCACCUUCUCCAGAUAGUGGAGACAGAGAAAACAGUAGCCAAACAGCUUCGACAACAGAUAGAGGACGGGGAAAUUGAGAUAGAAAGGCUAAAAUCGGAGAUUGCAGGACUCCUGAAGGAUAAUGAGAAGAUCCAGUCAAAUCCAGAGGUGCCACCCAGUGACGAUGACACAGAGAUCAAGAAGAUCAAGAAGGUGCAGAGCUUUUUACGAGGCUGGAUUUGCCGUAGGAAAUGGAAAACCAUCAUCCAGGACUACAUCCGUUCCCCUCAUGCUGAAAGCAUGAGGAAGAGAAACCAGGUAGUGUUCAGCAUGCUGGAGGCAGAAGCUGAGUACGUUCAGCAGCUCCACAUCUUGGUCAACAACUUCCUGCGGCCUCUCCGCAUGGCAGCCAGCUCCAAGAAACCCCCUAUCACUCAUGACGAUGUCAGCAGCAUCUUCCUCAACAGUGAGACCAUCAUGUUCCUCCAUCAGAUCUUUUACCAGGGCCUGAAGGCUAGGAUAGCCAGCUGGCCAACACUGGUUCUAGCUGACCUGUUUGACAUCCUGCUGCCCAUGUUGAACAUCUAUCAAGAGUUUGUGAGGAAUCAUCAGUACAGUCUGCAGAUCCUGGCACACUGCAAGCAGAACAGAGACUUUGACAAAUUGCUGAAGCAGUAUGAAGCCAAGCCUGACUGUGAGGAAAGGACACUGGAGACAUUCCUCACUUACCCCAUGUUCCAGAUUCCUCGCUAUAUCCUGACACUGCAUGAGUUACUGGCUCAUACUCCUCAUGAGCAUGUGGAACGCAACAGUUUAGACUUUGCCAAGUCAAAACUGGAGGAAAUAUCCAGAAUCAUGCAUGAUGAGGUGAGUGAAACUGAGAACAUAAGAAAGAACCUGGCCAUCGAGCGCAUGAUAGUAGAGGGCUGUGAGGUGUUGCUUGACACCAGCCAAACAUUUGUGAGACAAGGUUCUCUAAUCCAGGUGCCCAUGAGUGAGAAAGGGAAAAUCACAAGAGGACGUCUGGGCUCUCUGUCUCUGAAAAAGGAAGGAGAGAGACAGUGCUUCCUCUUCUCUAAGCAUCUCAUCAUAUGUACCCGAAGUUCUGGAGGAAAACUUCAUCUCACAAAGAAUGGAGUGGUGUCUCUUAUAGACUGUACUCUGAUGGAGGAGCCCGAGGGGACGGAUGAAGAGUUUAAAGGGGAGCGGAGCGGCCAGGAUGCAGAGCAUCUGGACUUUAAAGUCAUGGUGGAGCCCAAAGAGGGCCAACCAUACACUGUCAUCCUUGUAGCUUCAUCCCGACAGGAAAAGUCAGCAUGGACAAGUGACAUAAGCCAGUGCAUUGACAACAUUCGCUGCAAUGGCCUGAUGAUGAACGCCUUUGAGGAAAACAGUAAAGUCACAGUACCACAGAUGAUCAAGUCAGACACUAGCUUGUACUGCGAUGAUGUCGACAUUCGCUUCAGCAAGAUGAUGAACUCAUGCAAGGUGCUUCAGAUCCGCUAUGCCAGUGUUGAGCGUCUGCUGGAGAGGCUGAUCGACUUGCGCUUCCUCUCCAUUGACUUUCUGAACACCUUUCUCCAUUCAUACCGCGUCUUCACUAGUGCAGACGUAGUCCUGGACAAGCUCAUCACCAUCUACAAGAAGCCAAUCAGUGCCAUCCCUGCACGCUCUCUGGAGCUCUUCUUCGUCAGCAGCCAGAACAACAAACUCCUUUACGGUGAGCCACCUACAUCGCCACGUGCCAGCCGCAAGUUCUCCUCCCCACCGCCUCUUUCCAUCACCAAGAAUUCCUCUCCGAAUCGUCGUCGCAAACUCUCUCUCAACAUCCCCAUCAUCACUGGGGGCAAGGCCCUGGACCUCGCUGCGCUCAGCUGCUCUCCCAAUGGCUAUGCAAGCAUGCACACAACCAUGUCACCCUUCAGCAAGACCACACUCGACAUUAACAAGCUCUACGUGUCUAGCACAAUGGCCAGCAAAAUUCCUGAUGAGGGAGAGCCCAAAGCCGAGGGCAAAGCUGAAGAGUCAGCUCCCAGUAAACAAGAUCUGUCAGUCAGAGAGGAAUGCAAUGAAGAGCCGAGUCAGAGUGAUGAGGCAGAAUCAGAAAUGUCUCCACCCAAGUCUCCAUCAACACCGAAGAACGUCAAGUCAAAAAACUCGGAGUUUUCCCUAUUUUCCUUUAACAAUGGCAUGGUAGUGUCUUCAUGCCGGGAGCUUGAGAAUAACCGCAGUGCCCUAUCUGCUGCCUCAGCCUUUGCCAUUGCAACAGCUGGUGCCAAUGAAGGAACACCAACCAAGGAAAAGUACCGGCGUAUGUCCCUCGCCAGCACAGGUUUUCCUACAGAUCAAAGAAAUGGAGACAAAGAGUUUGUUAUUCGCAGAGCUGCUACAAAUAGAGUCCUGAAUGUGUUGCGUCACUGGGUGUCCAAACACUCGCAGGACUUUGAGCAGAACACAGAACUAAAGAUGCGAGUAAUUGGCUUCCUGGAGGAGGUGAUGCAUGACCCAGAGCUCCUGACACAGGAAAGAAAAGCAGCUGCAAACAUUAUCAGGACUCUGACUCAGGAGGAUCCUGGAGACAGCCAGCCCAGCAUUGAGGAGAUCACACAGAUGGCCAUGGAAGAAAGUAAGACAGAACCAUUUGAAAACCACUCUGCCUUGGAGAUUGCUGAGCAGCUCACAAUGUUGGACCACUUGGUCUUUAAAGUCAUCCCGUAUGAGGAGUUCUUUGGACAAGGCUGGAUGAAGAAUGACAAGAAUGAAAGGACACCAUACAUAAUGAAAACAACCAAGCAUUUUAAUGAUAUCAGUAACAGGAUUGCUUCAGAGAUCCUUCACUGGGAUGAUGUCAACAUGCGGGUGGCAGUGAUCGAGAAGUGGGUGGCUGUGGCAGACAUCUGUCGCUGCCUUCACAACUACAACGCCGUGCUGGAGAUCACGUCUUCUCUAAACCGGAGCUCCAUUUUCCGCCUCAAGAGAACCUGGCUUAAAGUUUCCAAGCAGACAAAAACUGUGAUCGACAAGUUGCAGAAACUCGUGUCAUCAGAGGGUCGAUUCAAAAACCUAAGGGAGGCUCUAAAAAACUGUGACCCUCCAUGUGUUCCUUACCUGGGAAUGUACCUGACUGACUUGGCUUUCAUUGAAGAAGGAACACCAAACUACACAGAGGACAACCUGGUCAACUUCUCGAAAAUGAGAAUGAUUUCGCACAUUAUCAGAGAGAUUCGACAGUUUCAGCAAACAGCUUACAAGAUCGAUUUUCAGCCUAAGGCAGCAAAAUACCUGUUGGACAACAGCACAGUAAUGGAUGAAGAGAGCCUGUAUGAAGCAUCUCUCAGAAUUGAGCCCAAAACGUCAUCAUGAAGAGGAUUUGUAUCAUGAUUACAUGCUACAUGUAGAGAGAAAGUUUAAAAAUGCAUAUUUAUCUUUAUUUGUAUUAGACACAAUAGGCUGUGCCCUCCUUGUAUUUCUUCCUAAUGAACUUUGUGUAUUAUUGUUAUUAGAAACUGAGUAGAAGCCCACAGAGGUUUUAUUUCUAUAGAGUAUUCAUUUGUUCUAUAUUGUCCUAAAUGCUAUUUUAUGACCUGUUUAUUUUGCACUAGAGAACAGAUAGAAAGGAGAGUUUGCAGACGUAAUAUUUAAUUGCAUCUAAAGUGCAGUAUAAAACAAAAUCUCUUAGGGAGAACUGAAGUCAAGACUCUGCAGGAGCUAUCGACAAGCUCUCAUUGUAAAAUCAAUGAUCUUGUCAAUUAUCCCAGAAAUUUAAUUUUCAGGUUGUUGUACAAUCCCAGAUUUCAAGGGCAGUUUGUAGGAUUGCAGUCUACGUUGAACGUGACUUUGCAUAUAUACAUUGAAAAUGGUAGAGAACUGGAAGUUAACUUUCCAACCUUGACAAAAACAAUUUUUUGUUAAAAUUCUUAUUCAUGUAUCAGGAGUUCCAGGAUCACAUAUUCUUCAGGAACUUACCAUUUUAUUAGCCAAAUCUUAGAGGUUACUUUCUGGAACUUCCAUUGUACUUUCUUAAAAAUAAAAUACUCUAUCCUAGAAUUUACCAGUUUCAAUUUCCAGUUAUAUUACAAAAAUAUAUCAGGUAACUUUCCACCACUUACCAGGGACUUGUAUUAAACUUUGGAGGACCUGUUUAUUUUGAAACUUUCUGAUAACUUCUCAGAAGCUACCAUGUGCUUUCAGGUAAUUAGACUAUACCUUGCUAAAAUUACCAGUUACUCUUUAGUGCAUAUCUUACUGGUGGGUUUAUGAAAAUCAAACUUCCAUUCUUUUCAAUAUACAAAGUGCUUUCCUUUAAUCUCCAUAAAACUGACUGGUAACUUCACUGAGUACUUUCUAUAAUUUGUCAGAUUCAUUCUGAAUCUUACAGGUCACUUUCUGAAACUUCUUGGUUUCUUCCUGAAACUUAGAAGGAAGUUAUUGCCUACAUUACAAAGCUUCUGGAGAUUGCAUGGAAAAUUUGGGAAAGUAAUCUUUAAGGUAUGGAAAACUAAUUUCUAUGUUUUAGAAAAGCUAUAUUUGUGUUAUGCAGAUAUUAGCUUCAAAGAUACACAUACACAAAUGUCAAUUUCUAUAAAUCUUUGAAAAGUUAUAACGUUGUUUACGGCAGAGCCUAGGGAAAAAGUGCAACAACUAAAGCUGAAUCACAUUUUCUGUUUUAUGUAACCACUGACUGAUAAACAUGUUUCUAGGGAUUGCAAUGAAACAGAAGGUUUCUUUAUAGAUUUUUUUUACUGCUUUGCUUAUUUUAUUCCCCUGGUGGGCAGUGUCAUGUAUAUAUGGUGUAAGCACCAGGCAUUGUAUGUAGCAAAUGUAACAUUUUUGAGCCACUUACAGAAGUAAAAGCUUCCAGCUUCUAUAUUCAGAUCCGGAGGGUGCAGUCUUUCUGUUAGGCCCCUCCUCUGAUAGUGCAUUAUGGUUUUGCCUUAAUCAUGAAAUGGAUUAUAUUCCACAAAAGUAUGUGAACUACUUUGUUCUACGAUUUGCCAAUUAACCAGGAUAGAUUGUAUUAUGUACAGACAGUCUGAAGCAUCUAGUAACAUGCUCAAAGAUGCAUCCCUGGAGACGUGUUAUUCUUAUGAUUGUUAAAUCCUAGAAUACUAUCCCCUCUUUGACACGCUGAUAUAUAUUUUUAAGGCAACUUAUAAGUGUAACACAUUCUAUCCCAACGUGUUAGCAGGAGCUACACAGUAGUAUCAAUGUGCUUCUUGAAAUAUUUAUAUGUAUUUUCUACACGCUUUGUAUAGAGAAAUACCUAAAGCUUAAGUGGCAGGCAUGUUCCACUUUGUGAUCAGAUCAAAUCUAUAUAUAAAAUGGUAUGUGUACUGUAUUUAAACCCUACUUUGCAUCCUUAACUCUGUAUCCUCCAACAGGAACACCAGAUGUUUUCAGUGAGCAAUACCCAGUGAUAAGAAAUAUCUUUCGGUCUAAUUCAGCUUGAGUAGUAUUUCCAGUUUUGUAUAAAAGUGUACUCUAUGCUGAUUACCUCUUGUUAAUAAAUCUGUUCUUUCUCAGGGGGUGAAA